AUGGCGGUUCGAUGGGCCGUCUGGUGGCUCCUCACCAUUGCGACACCAAUCUAUGCUUUACGAACUGUUGGCGGUUCACCCUGUACAGAUGUGUGCGGCACCACAACAAACACCACAUCGGACGAGAUGGCCUGCCUUGACGCAGACUAUAAUAGCACGAUAGGCACGACAGUAGGCAAGAACUUCCAGAGCUGCGUCUCAUGUCUUCUCGCCAGUCCUUAUCAAAACACCACCAUCGGGGAGACUGAUGUUGACUGGGGAUUGUUCAAUCUACGAUACGCGUUCUCUUCGUGUGUAUAUAACUACCCAGUGAGCGUGACCAACGUCUCCACGCCAUGUCUAGUCUCCUGCACUCCGUUGGGACCAGCACUCGAUAUGUCAUUGAUCAAUCCUAUCGGCAAUCAACUUUCUAAUUUCUGCGCUUCUACUUCCUUUCCCGACAAUGUCGUGACAACAUGCGGGAAUUGUUAUGCCUUGACUUCGCAGCAAUCAUUCUUUGCAAACUUCUUGGAAGCUGUCCGCUACAACUGCCAUUUCCCGACUUCCGGUGGCACCUCUUUCCCCAUCGCUGCCACUCGCAUCUUCAACACUACACAUCUACCAACUACAACUGUAUCCUACACUUCCACAGCCACGUCGACAGGAACGUCAACUGUCCAGCAAUUCCUGACCGUCAUAAUUGUGAUGCCCAUCAUUGGCUUCUUGAUCAUCGUCGCUUCACUUGCCCUAUGCUGUUUCUGCCUCGUCAGACACCGUCGCAAGAUCGCAAAGAAACGUCGCAAUCAAAUGCAAAAUCGUUGGAUGCAACCCGCCUGGGGCGGUUAUCCAGUCUCUCCCUACCAUCAAGCAAGUCCAAUGAUGCUGCAACAACAAUACAUGAUGGCCGGUGGCAUGGGUCCAUACGGCGCAUCGGUUCCGGGCAGAGGAUUCUCGGUGGUGGACCAUGAUGGCAAGCGAUACGAGGCAGGUUACUCGACCCACUACAUUUCGCCAGUUAGCCCGGAGGAUACAGUCGCUCAACAACCAUUUCAGUUCGGCACCGAUGUCACGCAUGCGCAGGAUGUAAAACAGCCUAUUCCUCAACAGACAGAAUACCCACCACCUCCCCAAACAACCCAGGAAUAUUAUCCUCCACCCGGGGCUCCUCACGCGCAAUAG